AUGCCUGGAUGCCUGGAGACUCCUCCUCGGUUGCCGGAGAUCCCGCCCCUGUUGGCCGAAGACCCCGCCCCCUGUACCCGGAGGUCCUGCCCCAAGCGCCUGUACACCCCGUCCUGGUGGCCGGUGACCCCUUCCCAGUGUCCGGAGACAGCCCCCCCAAUGCCUGGAAACCCCGUCCCAGUGCCCCGAGAUCCCGUCCUCGUGCCCCGGUCUCCUGUUCGAAAACCCCACCCCAAGCCUGCAGACCCCGCCCCUGCAUCUUCCCCACCACCACCAACGGAGACUCCGCCUCUGGGGUCCAGAGACCCCGCCCCAUACCCGGAGACCCCGCCUCCGUGCCCGGAUCUCUCUCCCCUGUGCAGAGACCCCGCCCCUUGCCCAGAGACCCCCGCCCCUUGCCCGGAUAUGGCUCCCUUGUCCGGAGACUCCGCCUCCGGUGUCCAGCGACCCCGCCCCUUGCCCGAAGGCCCCGCCCCCGCCCGCCCACCAGGAAGUAAGCGGCCUCCGCGGGCGGGCGGGCGGCGCGCGGCUCUUACAGCCGGGUCGGCGCGUCGACUGUCCAGAGUCCGCGGCCGGGGCGCGCUGAGGUGA